AUGCAGAGGGAGAAGAAGAUGGGAAGAGAGUGGCAAAAGAGUUCAGGUUGCAUGAGUGGAAUGCUGCAUUUCAUUGACUUUCAUCAGCUUCUCUUCACCAACAGGAGAACAGCAGAGCAACACACUGCUCUAACUAAUCUUCAAGGCUUGGAAGAAGGCCAAUGUGAAGCUCCAUUAGAGAUGAGGAUACAUGCAGUGAGAACUUGGACAGAGAAGAAAAGAGAAAAGAUGGCAUUUUUCUUAGAGGAAGAGAGAAGGAGCUCACAAGUAGAAUCACCAAGGUCUCCAAGCAUUGUAGCACGUCUCAUGGGUUUAGAGUUGGUGCCUGAGAAUAAUCCGCAUGAUCAUUCUCUGAAGAAGAAAAACAAGAACAACGAACAACAUCAUCUUAGGAAACCACUUCAAGUCAAGAACUCCAACACCAUUAACCAUUCCUCUCCUCCUUCCCCACUUCCUCCCAAGCUUAAAUCUAGACUUAAAGCUAGUUCAAGACAUGGAUAUAAUAACGAGAAUGAGAAUGAGAAUGUUGUUAAAGAAGUGAAGAAGCACUGCAAGAAAAACAAAGAAGCAAAGAAGAACAUACUGUGUUCAAGAACAGAGGAACAAGAGGAUGAAUACCAGUACGUGAGGUUAGUGUUGGAUUAUGCGUUGAAGUUCCAAUGCUUAAACUCUGAAGCCAUCUUCAACUUGUUGGAGCUGGAACUGGAGUUCCCAAGUUACAGCCAGUUACAGCUACAGGUGGAACAGGAAACUACUGUUCCAUUUGGUUGGAGAGAUUGUUGGGAGAUCUCACUCAUGGCCAUGGAUUUACAAACAACAUGCUUGAAAGAGGUUAUUGGUGACAUUGAUGCGUUGGUUGAGGGGGAUAUAGUGCUGGGAAAUGUGCGGAGGUUGAUGAGGCACCCGGCGGUGGUCGAAGAGGAGGCCCAAGUGGUGGCCGAGGUGGAGAAAGACAUUGUUGAUGAGCUUGUCAAUGAGAUGGUGAUGAUGAUGAGUUGGGUUGGUUUCAAUGGCAUGGUGAGGGUUCGCCGGAGAUGGAUGACAAAUGAGACACUCUCAUUGAGGCAUAUUUAUGUCUAG